AGCAGCAGACGAAGAUCUGGUUCCAGCCGUCAAGUGAGGCGUGGAUCAAACGUUUCAUCUCUCACUCGCCUACUGCUGGCCGUCACAUUCAGGUUGGUCUCGUGCCCGUACAAUGCCAGGCUCAUGUAUCUACCCGCGAGCUAUCGAUUAGAGAUGAACUAACAAGGUAUCUGACGACACACACGUCAACAGUGUCAGCAGUAUUCAGCCAAGAUGGAGAUGAGACAAGCCAGUCAACCAGUCGACAAGUGGUGUGAUGUCAACACAAAUCUUACAACUAUGAGAAAAGGGUCUGUGUGCAUGGAGGACCUACACAGUGAAGUCGUGCCCAGGGAGUUCCUUUGCUGCCCCCUGUGCAGGGACGAGUACCACGAGCCCAAGUACCUGCCGUGUCUGCACUCCUUCUGUGCCGCCUGUAUUGACGACCACAUCGAGGCAAACAGCAAGCCGGACAGCAGCUUCACCUGUCCCGUCUGCGAUACGGAAAUCAUCAUGGCCGACCAAGCGCCGGUACAGUUGCCGGACAACGCAUUUGCGCGCCGGCUCAGCUGUCCAAGCACAACGCGGUGCCGGCGAGAGCGGAAGUGCGGGUCGUGCGAGGGCACGGCCACGGUCCACUGCAUCAACUGUGACGAGUUCCUGUGCCAGCAGUGCUCGCUGGGCCACCUGCAGCAAGUGGAGACGUCCAGCCACAGGACCCAGGACAUCGACCACUACGAGGACGGCGAGGUGGCCACACAGCAGCCCACUCUACAGAGGUGCUGCCAGUACUACGACGACAUGGACAUCGGCUGCCUCUUCUGUGUGGACUGCGAGCUGCUGGCCUGCCCCGAGUGCCACAACACCAAACACGCCGACCACAGGUGCGCCGAGCUGGGCGCCAUCGCUCAAAACUUUGAGAACAAAAUCAAACAGCCGCUAGAGGAACUCAAGAAGGACAGCGCCACUCUCCAUAAAGUCCUCUCAAAGCUGGAGCUUGCCAGACAACAGGCCACGAACAACAUGCAGGACUUGAAAACUGCCGCCAGACAGAGAACAGAUGUUCUGUGCAACAUGAUUCGAGAGUACGAGAAUAUUCUAGUUUUGGAAAUCGAGAAGAAGCAUGCGCAGAACGUGUCAGCCAUAAAAGAGCGCGAGGCCACAGUGCGGAACUGUAUCGAGUCCAUCAAAGCCGUGACAGAACUGACCGACAAGCUCCUGACCUUCGGCUCAGAGGAAGAGAAAGUCUCGAUGAGACGGAAAAUUGGGCGGCGAGUUCGAGAGCUGUGUGAGGAAGAACUGCCCAUGAGGACCUUCAAGUUGGUCAAGCGCACACUCAACGAACCCAACGUGACAGUGGACAUGGUGUGUGAGAUGUUCGGUGACUUAAGAAAGGAGGCCUCACCAGCCAGUAGAAGAAAAAUUCAAACAGCUUCACAGAGUAUUGACCUGGGGAUGAUGAGCCGCAGAAUGAAGGCCAGCUCGGUGUCCUCCACAGAGGAAAUCGUGCCCGAGCUGGCGGGUCUGGAGGAGGAAGAGGAGGAGGACACGGACAUGUUGAGUGCCAGCAACACCAGCGACGCCUUCAGGCCUGGCUCCUCCCUGCUCUCUCUCAGUGCCAACAGCAAUGACGACUUCAAGAUGGCUGCCAGUGUGUCGCCCAGGUUAGCCGAGGUGCCAGACACCAACGUCCACUCAUCCACAGCUCACGACCAAGUGCCCUGCCACAACCUGGACAGUGUCCUCAGAGAGAUGCGCCUGCCCGACCCCUUCCUCUCUGAGAGCAUCAAGGGGGUGGGCGUCAACCAACAAGGCAACAUUCUUGUGGCCACCGUCUCUCCCGGGGGGUGUAGCAAAGUCUUUAUCCUGGAGAAACAUGCCAUUGUCAUCGGUCAGAUCCCCAUAGAGAAAAGCUGGGUGGUCCACUCGAUAUCAGCUGAUGGCAAGGUGAACCUGGUCCUGCCCAGGAGUGAGAACAAGUACAAAGUGAGGAUCAUGUCGGGGGAGAACAGCGUCAACACGCUGGCUGACGUCCAGAUUGAAAGCUUCGGGCUCAACUCGGUCACAGCUACAAGAGAGGGCAAGAUUCUCGUCUCAGCCAACAGGUAUGCCACGGCCAAUUCCGUCCACGGCCGUUCCGCCAAGUAUGGUGGCAACAUCACCAUCUACGCCAAGGACGGCACGCUCGAGCGCGUCAUCACCAACGAGACGUUCACCCAACUCAACCUCUACCUGUUUGACCGUCCCCAGCACAUCGCAGUGGACGCCCAGGGCUGUUUCUUUGUCACAGACCCAGGCAGGCACAGUGUGCUGGGGUUCAAGCCCAAUGGGGAAUUCAUGUUCGAGUACGGCAACACAGACGCGGAGGAGGAGUUAUACCAAGGGCCGGACGCCGUCUGUACGGACACAGAGCAGAACGUCAUUGUCUUUGACAAACGGGAUGGCCGUAUAGACAUCCUCAGCUAUGAGGGACACUUACAGAGGUGCUACUUCCCCAGUGAGCAUAUCCGCUUCAUCAGUACCACCCCAGACAAGUGUCUCCUAUUGGUCAACUCACAAGGGGACCUCAAGUUUUUUAACUAUCUCUAGCCACUUGGUGGGCCCAAAGUUGGUCAACUCAC